GUGCAUUUGAGAUGGGGCAAUCGGAACGAGUGUCAGCAGGACGCUUUCACACCGGAAAGGAUCAACACUAGAACAUUUCUUCAUUCGUGUUCUACAUGUACGUAUUUGGACUCGAUUGCGACUAGAUUCCGUCAAAAACUGAAGUCAUACUGUACGUAGGCAGGAAAUAUAAUGAUGAUGACGAAUCCACAGCCCUGUCGAGAUGCCAGACUAUCACAUCAAGUGAUGAGAUGCGAUCAGAUGUACACGUCGUGCUGUGAUGACACGUGGAACAAGUGGUGUGAACGCAGCAGGUUGUGAGAGUCUACUGGCUGCUGCAGGGUGAGCUGCAGCGCGCGUGGGAGGAAAUUUAAAAGUGAAAAAAUGGAGGGAAGCAGUGCGCAAAGGAGUGAUGGCCCUGCCAUUGGCAUUGAUUUGGGCACGACGUACAGCUGCGUUGGGGUAUGGCAGCGCGAUCGUGUGGAGAUUAUAGCUAAUGAUCAAGGCAACCGUACAACUCCAUCCUACGUGGCAUUCACCGAUACUGAGCGUUUGAUUGGGGAUGCUGCUAAGAAUCAAGUGGCAAUGAACCCCGCCAACACGGUGUUCGAUGCAAAGCGCCUGAUUGGUCGAAAGUUCGCCGAUGCUUCGGUGCAAGAUGACAUGAAGCUGUGGUCUUUCAAGGUAGUUUCUGGGCAAGGAGGCAAGCCUAUGAUCAGUGUGCAGUACAAAGGAGAGAACAAGCUCUUCUCCCCUGAAGAGAUAUCCUCCAUGGUGCUGAUGAAGAUGAGGGAGACCGCAGAGGCUUUCCUCGGGCGCGAAGUUAGCAAUGCUGUGAUCACUGUGCCUGCCUACUUCAACGAUUCCCAGCGACAGGCGACGAAAGAUGCAGGCACCAUAGCCGGCCUCCAUGUGAUGCGCAUCAUCAACGAGCCGACUGCGGCAGCCAUUGCCUAUGGCUUGGACAACAAGGGUUCCGCUACAUCGGGGGAGCGGUACGUGUUGAUAUUCGAUCUAGGCGGGGGAACGUUCGACGUCUCUCUCUUGCUCAUCGAAGAGGGUAUCUUUGAAGUCAAGGCCACUUCAGGGGACACCCACCUCGGAGGCGAGGACUUCGACAACAGGAUGGUUAACUACUUCGUGGAGGAGAUCAAGCGGAAGCACAAGAAAGACAUCAGCGCGAACCCACGAGCUCUGCGACGGCUAAGGACCGCCUGCGAGAGAGCCAAGCGCACUCUGUCUGUGACCUCGCAAACCCACAUCGAAGUGGAUUCCUUGGUGGAAGGCAUCGACUUCACCUCGACGAUCACGCGCGCUCGUUUCGAGGAGAUGAACAUGGACCUGUUCCGGAAGUGCGUGGGCCCAGUUGAGCAAUGCUUAGCGGAUGCCAAGAUCAACAAGUCCCGCGUCGAUCAGGUGGUUCUAGUGGGCGGUUCCACCCGGAUUCCCAAGGUCCAGGCGCUGCUGUCCGAGCUGUUCAACGGUAAGGAGCUCAACAGGAGUGUCAAUCCCGACGAAGCGGUUGCCACAGGAGCGGCAGUGCAAGCUGCCAUCUUGGCCGGCGAGACGAGCGAUCAGGUUAAGGACCUGUUACUCCUGGACGUGACACCGCUGAGCUUAGGUCUGGAGACGGCAGGUGGCGUGAUGACUGUGCUCAUUCCACGCAACACGACGAUUCCGACGCGAAAAGAGCAAGUGUUCUCCACGUUCGCGGACAACCAGCCAGCUGUGCUGGUGCAAGUAUACGAGGGGGAGCGAGCGCGCACUCGAGAGAACAACUUGCUGGGGAAGUUCGAAUUGACAGGGCUUCCCCGGGCGCCCAGGGGUGUGCCUCAGAUCUGUGUGUCCUUCGACAUCGAUGCCAAUGGGAUUCUGAAUGUGAGCGCGGAGGAGCGAGGGAGCGGGCAGAAGAACAAGAUCACCAUUCGCAAUGACAAAGGCAGACUGGCAAAGGAAGAGAUCGACAGAAUGGUGCAGGAGGCGGACAAGUAUCGGGCUGAGGACGAGAUGCAUCGCCGCAGAGCGGCGGCAAAGAACAGUCUGGAGAAUUACGCAUUUAAUGCACGGAACGCAAUGAAAAAAGACGAGGCUGGGGCGAAAAAGCUGACCCCAGAAAACAGGGAAAAGGUUGCGGAGGCCAUCAGAAACACACUGAGCUGGCUGGAUCACAACCAGCUCGCUGAGACACAGGAGCUACAAAACAAGCUCAGAGAACUGGAGAGGGUUUGCAACCCAAUUCUUGGGGAGCUAUACACGUCUGAUACGGAAAGCACUGGUAUGUCGUCAGAUUCCAGGAGCGAUCCAAUAGUUCAGGAGAUCGCGUAGACUAAGUAGUACCGUCUUCCCUCGCAUAGAAAAAAAGUACGGUCAUUUUUCGCGGUAUCUAGACUGAAAGUUGGCUCGAAUACAGGCAAAAUGAC